GGAGAACAAUACGAGUUUAGUAGGAGUCAGGAUAUGGCUGUGCGCUCAAUGCGGAUGGGAUUUCGGGAUUUUGCCCACGAACUGGUAGGCGCAGUAGGGGCCGAGGUGAACCACCGCCUCGAGAAGACAGAACGAUUCUGCGUUGGCGCCAUAGAGGGCGUCAAGCUGACAGCUCCCAAGGAGGAAGAGGCACGUCCUCGCAGGGAGCCAGUCAAAGUUAAGUUCCCCGAUUCCUACAGUGGAAAGAGGGAAGAGAACUUUGACAAUUGGGAGGCCGUGAAGGCCUAUGUGCACUUGCAGCAGGUCUCCCCAGAUCAGCACGUGUUGAUAGCCAUUCAUGCGCUUGGAGAUGAGGCUGCCAGUUUCGCGAGGUCCCUAGUCCGCUCUACCAACUGCAACGAUGAUGCAGUUGCCUACUCUUCAUUCACCCCCCUCGUCGAUUUCAUGAAGUUGUUGCGCGAGCGAUUUGCUGAUGAUAGGCUUCAGACUAUCCAUUCUCGCCAGUGGAAGAGCGCCAGGGCGCUCAAGGGAGUUAUGGAUGCAUGGGUGGUUGUUCCUAACCACGGGGUCACAGAGACCCAGUUGGUCAACCUCUUCUAUAGGGCUAUGCCCGAAUCUCUGCGAGGCCACUUCUUUGCGAAGAGUCAAGAUCCUGCUAUGACGUACGACGCACUCAGCAGGGAAGUGGUGGCCUUUGAAGCAAAGUCCGCGUCAGUAUCCACCUUCUCGCACAAGGACCUGGAUAAAGGUAAAAAGUGGAAGGGCCACACUAUCUCAGGGCAAGUAAAGACUAAGGAUAGCCUUGUCCUCACCUUGGAUGAGGGUAGUGUGGACGAGAUCCCCUACGAACAGAUCGAGUGGGGAUUAGAGGAUGAGGACAGUGGGGUUGCAGGCCGGUGUCUAGAUGGCUGUCCAGAGACUGCUUGUGUUAGAGUCUCUCUAGACACCUCCCUCACAGGCGUGGCUGAGGAAUUGAAGGAGAGGAUGCCCGCCUGGGCCAAGAUGAAAAAGAAGAAUAAGGGGCAGCCUAUAUUAGUAGACACAGAGAUUUUUAGAGGACAAGCAGGCGCCUUAGUGGAUAGUGGAGCCACUCGUAGUUAUAUCAGUAGGAAGGCGCUGCAGAAGUUGAAGUUGCAGUUGAAAGUCCAAAGAUUGGCAGACCCCAUCGUAAGUAUCCUCGCGGACAAUCGCACCAUGCGAGUGGAGGAGUACGUAGAGGGAGUCCAGGCGUAUUUCCGCCUAGAACAGGAUGGGAAGGUGGAGAAGGUCCUCCAUUCCCUGACUCUCCUCGUAGAGGAUAGCCUCCCGUUUGAUAUAGUCCUAGGUAUGGACUGGGGAGAGGCAGCAGGGGCCACACUCCAUUUGAGGGAGCACGAGUGUAGGCUCCCUAGCCCGUCAGGUGGUGUUAAGACUGCCCGUCUGUUUCAUGUGUCAGGAGUAGAUAACUCCCUGGCACAUUGCUGCCUUAGUGCUCCUGCGUUCACAAGGUUAGUGAAAAAGGAACAGCUAGAGGAACAGGUUUUUGUAACCUAUGUUAGGCCAGUGACUGAGGCUAAGGAAGAGAAGCCUAUAGACCCUGCUAUUGCCAAGCUGCUGGAGGAGUUUAAAGAUCUAGCUGAGCCGCCGACCGGAGUAGUACCGCGGCCUAUCCAGCACCGCAUUGAGAUUGAGCCUGGCAGAAGGACCCCCAAAGGAGCCGUGUAUAGGAUGUCUCCGCGGGAGUUAGAGGAGUUGCGCAAGCAAUUAGACGAGUUCCUCGAGAAAGGUUGGAUACGGCCCAGUUCGUCCCCAUUCGGGGCACCUCUUCUGUUCGUUCCCAAGAAAGAGGGAGGAUGUGCAUAGACUAUAGGGGUCUGAAUACUAUCACAGUUAAGAAUGUUGAGCCACUGCCUA